GUGUCAUGGCUGCGGACUGUUUUGACAUUUUUCCAGGUUUCUCUGCAAAGUUAAGGGUAUGUGUUUACUAGAAACGUCCUCAACAGUUUUGGGACACGAUGAAGAGAUUUAACAUCAACCUGGAUGAUUCUGCAUUCACCAAAGAAAGAAAACCGCCAAAGCCGCACUUCCAGCCUUCAGUCAAAGGACAAACCACUUCCAGCGCCGAGCCUGCUCCGGAGCAGCCUCUGUCCUAUGCGGAGUACAUCGUACAGAGUAAAUGCAGAGCGGCUGGAGCUCCGCAGACCGACGGCUCCUCCAGGCCGCUCCGAGCCGGAGGAGGAGCAGGGGGAGCAGGGGGCUCCGCUCUGGGGCAGAGCCAGGCGGAAGCCCCGGCCCCUGUCUCCGCAGGAUGUGGACAGGGUCAGGACUCUGCUGCAGAAUCCGAGGCUCAGCCCGAUCACUGUGAUUCGGGUGCUGAGCCGCCGCUGCCUGGCGCCGAUCCUAAAGAAGGGGGCAGCUGUCAGAAGCCAGACCCCAGCCUCAGCCUGGCCAGCAAACCGCUGGGCUCCGGGAGCAGCAUCGUUGUCAGUCCUCGACAGCGAGGUAAUCCCAUCCUGAAGUUUGUGAGGAGCGUUCCAUGGGAGUUUGGAGAUGUUGUGCCAGACUACGUCCUGGGACAGACAACCUGUGCUCUCUUUCUCAGCCUGAGGUAUUACAACUUGAACCCAAACUACAUCCAUGACCGCUUGAAGCAGCUCGGACGCACGUUCACCCUGCGAGUGCUGCUGGUCCAAGUUGAUGUGAAAGAUCCUCACCAUGCAUUGAAGGAGCUGGCUCGUAUUUGCAUAAUGGCCGACUGCACGCUCAUCCUGGCUUGGAGUCCAGAAGAGGCUGGACGUUACCUGGAAACAUACAAGUCAUAUGAAAAGAAACCUGCUGAUCUCCUGAAGGAACAGGUCGAAAAAGAUUAUCUUUCAAAGGUUACAGAUUGCCUGACCACCGUGAAGUCCAUAAACAAAACUGAUGCCAUUACCUUACUCUCUACUUUCUCGUCUGUAGAAGGAAUCAUCAGUGCCUCAAAAGAAGACUUGGUUCUCUGUCCUGGCCUGGGACCACAAAAAGCGAGAAGACUCUUUGAUGUGCUCCAUAAGCCUUUUCUCAAGUCGAAGACCAAAGACGGCUGAGGCAUCACACAGGAUGUGUGAAAAAUACUCUAUGAAACUGGACAAAAUAUUGAGAACUGUGGAAACAUUCUCUUAGGAAGGUUAAAUCAUUCCUGAUUUACUGAGAGAUGGGUGAAAUGUCAGUUAGUUUGAGUAUGGGUCUGAAAGGAGGCGUUGAAGCGAAGAUGUGAUGCAGACAGUUUCUUUUUUAAUUGUUGAAUUUGUUGCUUGUUCACUUGUAAUAUUUUUUUAAGAACAAAAAUAAAUAUUUUUUAUACUCA